AUGUAUUUCGAAGACCUCUCGAACACAACUGACCUUUUGAUGUCUUUUGAAGAAGUCGAAGACGGCCUACAGCGGUCAAUUUGGGCGUAUUGUUAUGCGUUAUUCACUUCGUGUGGUAUCUGUUCACUUUCUGUGGUAUCUGUUCACUUUCUGUGGUAUCUAUCCACUUUCAGAGGUAUCUAUUCAUUUUCUGUGUAUCUGUUCACUUUGUGUGGUAUCUCUUCACUUUGUGUGCUAUCUCUUCACUUUGUGUGGUAUCUAUUCACUUUGUGUGGCAUCUAUCCACUUUCUGUGGUAUCUUUCCACUUUCUGUGGUAUCUAUCCACUUUCUGUGGUAUCUAUUCAUUUUCUGGGGUAUCUAUCUACUUUCUGUGGUAUCUAUCCACUUUCUGUGGUAUCUGUUCACUUUGUGUGGUACUCCUCACUUUCUGUGGUAUCUAUCCACUUUGUGUGGUAUCUCUUCACUUUCUGUGGUAUCUAUCCGCUUUCUGUAGUAUCUAUACACUUUCUGUAGUAUCUAUCCACUUUCUGUGGUAUCUAUCCACUUUCUGUGGUAUCUAUCCACUUUCUGUGGUAUCUCUUCAUUUUCUGUGGUAUCUAUCCACUUUCUGUGGUAUCUAUCCACUUUCUGUGGUAUCUAUCCAAUUUCUGUGGUAUCUAUCCACUUUCUGUGGUAUCUCUUCAUUUUCUGUGGUAUCUAUCCACUUUCUGUGGUAUCUAUCCAAUUUCUGUGGUAUCUGUUCACUUUGUGUGGUACUUCUCACUUUCUGUGGUAUCUAUCCACUUUCUGUGGUAUCUCUUCACUUUCUGUGGUUACUAUUUUGUGACCAAUACGUUGUCUUUUGCAUUUAUGGUUUUUAUUUAGAUUUCAUGCUUUUCUAUUUCAUUUUUAGCCUUUAA